GUCAUGUCCUAUCCAAAUAGGACCUCCUGAAGUUGCGGCAAACAUUCGAAAUUUAAACAUCCGCCUUGAUACAUCAAGACCGGUCUGAAAUAAUGGCAUCGAGGCCGCCCGCGGAUGAUGAUGCCGGGCCCAAAGCAUGGCAACCUCCGGCAGCCACCGCCGAGCGGAGCAAGCUCUGGUUCGACGAGACCGUGGUGGUCCCAGAUGCGUUCCGCGACCUCCUGGUGAGAUACAGCGGCGUCCCCGCAGCCGACGUCGACGAGCACGUCAUGCAGAUCCGCAACAAGGCCUGGGAAGUCCACCACUACCCGUGCCUGGGCCAGUUCCGCUUCCUGGAGCUGAACCUCUCGGCCCGGCCGCGCGGCGACUUGUACGCGCGGCUGCUGGUGACGCUGAAGUCGUCGCCGGCGCCGCCCUCAACCCCUGCGUUCCUGGACGUCGGCGCCUGCCUGGGCCAGGACGUGCGCAAGCUGAUCCACGACGGGGCGCCGCCGGGCUCCGUGGCGGGCGCGGAGCUCUCGCCCACCUUCAUCCGGCUGGGGUACGAGCUGUUCCGUGACUCGCCCGCGGACGUGGCGAUGGUGCAGGCUGACAUCCUCGAGCCGCUUGCCCGGGCGGCUGGGGAGGAGGGAAAGGAAGGCCCCACGGCCUCGGCCUCGCUGGCUCAGUUCCGCGGGAAGCUGAGCGUCGUGCAGCUGGGCAUGAUCCUGCACCUGUUCACGUGGGAGCAGCAGCUGACCGCGUUCGAAAACGCCAUCGCCCUGCUGCGCGACGAGCCUGGCGUGCUCAUCAUAGGGCAGGCGACGGGGAACCUGGACGGCGUUGCCACGCAGACGCUCACUGUCGGCGGCGCGAACAAGGGGACGCACAAGCACAACGUGGAGAGCUUCGAGAGGCUCGUGAAGGAGGUGGAGGCGGGGACCGGGACACGGUGGGACGUCAAGGCUGAGCUAGACGAAGGGCUAAGUGUCAAUGACGGCAAGAGGACCUGGGACGACCCAAAGACCAGGAGGCUGCUGUUUGAGCUGGAGAGGAUACGAUGAGAUUCGGUGAUGCGGACCAUCACGUCUUCACGGAGAACACAUGCAACAGCAGAAGGAAGUGGUUCUUCUUUUUGCCCACACGGGC